UGCCGCCCGAGCCCUACGCCCUGCCGCGAGCCGUGGAGCCACAGCCCCCCUUCCGCGUGCUCGAGCCCCCUUACCUGCCAGUGCGCAGCUCGGACGGAUCCCAGCCCGGUGCCGAGCGCAAUGGUGCACAGCAGGGCCGCCUCAGUGUGGGCAGCGUGUUCCGACCCAGCCAGAACGGGCACGGCAUCAGCUCUCUGCAGCCCACCCCCCUUCCCGCCUCUGCCAGCUGCUGUCAGUGGCCCCGCCUGGGAUUCUCUGCUCCCCACCUCAGUUGCUGAGCCAGGCUCACCAGGUCUCCCCGACUUGAUCCCAGACCCCAACUACGUGCAGGCGUCCACGUAUGUGCAGAGAGCCCACCUGUACUCCCUGCGCUGUGCUGCGGAGGAGAAGUGCCUUGCCAGCACAGCCUACGCUCCCGAGGCUACUGACUAUGACCUGCGGGUGCUGCUGCGCUUCCCCCAGCGCGUGAAGAACCAGGGCACAGCGGAUUUCCUCCCCAACCGGCCUCGGCACACCUGGGAGUGGCACAGCUGCCACCAACAUUACCACAGCAUGGACGAGUUCAGCCACUAUGACCUCCUGGACGCAGCCACAGGCAAGAAAGUAGCCGAGGGCCACAAGGCCAGCUUCUGCCUGGAGGAUAGCACAUGUGACUUCGGGAACCUCAAGCGCUAUGCAUGUACCUCUCACACACAGGGCCUGAGUCCCGGUUGCUACGACACCUACAAUGCAGACAUCGACUGCCAGUGGAUUGACAUAACCGACGUGCAGCCUGGGAACUACAUUCUCAAGGUUCACGUGAACCCGAAGUACAUUGUCUUGGAGUCCGACUUCACCAACAACGUGGUGAGAUGCAACAUCCACUACACAGGUCGCUACGUUUCCACCACAAACUGCAAAAUUGUCCAAUCCUGAUCUCCAAGAGAACAGCCAGACAAUCUCUCUCCUUCCCAGGAGGCUCUGCUCCCCAGGCAGCCUCUUGUCCAGGAGCCGGACCUGAAACCCACAAGCCGGGGUGCCUGGACACCAGGGGUGACAUCCCUGCUGGCCUCAGGGAGCGAACGUGGGCCAAAACGACAGGGAUUCCAGACACCAGGCCCCAUCCUGUACCUAACUUUUCUCUCCAACAUCAUUUGGGUGGUUGUUGGUUUUUAUUUUUUAUAUUUUAGCCAUCCCACAGAGCAAUAUUGCCCAAGCUCUGGGCUGAAUAAAGCCAAGUUUUUCUA